UUAAAUGUGUUACCAGCCUCAACUCGUUGAAGUUGUCAUUUACCUUUGUGGUUCUUUGCAUAUCCGAAAAUCUCAUUUCUAGCAUGCAUCCCCUCUGCAAGGAUCCUGUGAUGUCAAACCAUCAGGUGGAGUGAGAAGCUUGCUGUCCUCUGAAGCAUGCCAAGGGGCUGGGAGACACAAGAGUGACUCAAAUCUGAGCAGUGAGAAAAGUGCACCCACCCCUGUAAGGGAAAGGAGAUUCACGUCCCUUGGAUCAACACCAGGUAAUGGGACUGUGAAGACUAAAAAAGAUCUUAUGCUUAUGAGGGAGAAGAAGAAACAGAAGGCACUGGAGAAGGAGAUUCGGGCGUUAGUGAGGGAGCGUGGAGAGCAGGAUAAAAAACUUCAGGCUCUGGAGGAGGAUUUUGUGAAGAUUGAAGCAAAGCUGAGUAGUGCAGUUCAGGAGAAAACAUCUCUUUCAGCAACUGUUGCAUGCCUAAAGAGGCAACUUCUGGAAUUAAAAAGAAGCAAUGAACUACUGAAGUCAAAGCUGUCUGAAGAUGGUGUGCCAAAGAAAAUGAGCAGCCUGUGCAUGGAGUUAAUGAAGCUCAGAAACAUGAGGGAUGCUAAGGAGAAGACUGCACUUGCAAAGCAGGAAAACAUGGAAAUGAAGCUGCAGGAAGUGCAAAGGAAUCUAGAGCAUUCAAAAGGAAAAGUAGCACAGUUAGAAGAAAAACUGUCUGCUACUGAGAGAGAGAAAGUUGAAGAAAAGUCUGACACUGAAAAACUCCUGGAAUACAUCACAGAGCUCAGUAGUGUUGCAGAAGCAGCUGAGAAAUACAAACUAGAUAUUGCUCAGAUGAAGGAGACACUGAUUGAGAAAGACCAAGAAAUUGAGAACCUGAGGGAUAUCCUCAAAACAAAAGAGGAAUCAUGUAAAGUGAUGAAAGAACUUAAUGAAAAGUGUCAGUUGCUUCAACAAGAAAAAGAGAAAGAGUUGUCUGAGACCAGAGGAAAGUUCCUGAGUAUGAAUGCUGAAAUAGAAGACCUGAAAAAAAAAAUUGCUUUGAAGGAAGAAGAACACCAAAAACUGCUUCAGAAACAUGAGGAGGUUGUCUCUCAGCUGCAGCAAGAGAAGGAGUCAUCUGCAUCAACACAGCAGAAGCUAUUGGAUUUGCAGGGUGAGGUAACAAGUGAGAGACUUCUUAUUGAAGAAGAGCUGAAUGAUACCAUGAAUGAGCUGAAUAAGUUACAUGCAAAGGAGAAGGAAGCUGAAAAGUUGGUGAAGCAAUUGGAACAAGAAAACAAAUCUCAAGGUCUUGAACUUGCACAGAUGGAAAAAAAGUUGAAAAGGAAGAAUGCUGAGUUAGAGCAAAUCAAUGCAACUCAUAGGAGUGCUAUAUUGCAAAUCCAAGAAGAGCACAGGAAUGCACUGCAGAAACUUGGAGAGACUGUUGCUGACUUUGAAAGCUACAAGAAGACAACAGCUGAAGAAAUAUACUGUCUUAAACUGGAGAAUACCUCUCUGCAAGAAGCAGUUGCCAACCUAAAAAAAGUAGGCCAAGAAAAUCUGCAGUUGCUUCAGGAAGCAGAAUACACUAAAAACAAAGCAAAGGAAGAAUGUGCAAGGAUGCUUUUAGAAGCCCAGACCAAGCUUGCAUUAAAAGAAGCAGAAACAGAGAGAACAAAAGAGUCUUGCCUUGCACAAAUGACUAAACUUGAGGAAAAACUGGAAGAGCAAACUGAAGAACUGAAAAGGGAACUUGAAGCAGAAAGGUCAAGGAACUCCGUAAAUGAAGAUACGACCUCAAGCUUAAAAAAAGAGAUCGAGACCUGGCGUAAUCUAUAUGAAGACUUGUAUAACAAAACGAAGCCUUUUCAGCAACAACUCGAUGCAUUUGAAGCAGAGAAGAAUGCAAUCCUACAGGAGCAUGGAGCAACCCAGGAGGAACUGAAUAAACUAAGUGAUGCCUAUGCUAAACUACUUGGCCACCAGAACCAGAAGCAAAAAAUCAAACAUGUUAUGAAGCUGAAGGAAGAGAAUAACCACCUGAAGAAGGAUGUCUCCAAGCUGCGUGCGCUGCUAUCCAAGGAAAAGCAGACCAACAGACACCUUCAGGAGCAGCUGUGCAGAGUCCAGGGCAUCAAGCACUUGGAUCCUUCCAAAGCUUUCCAGUAUGAUAGCAAGGAGAAUAUUCCUCCAAAAACUCCUCUUAAAGAAGGUAAUAAAAACCAAAUUUAAUGCCUUCUUGGUAUUAAGAAAAAUAAAGUACCAAUAAAUUUGUAUGCUACAGAAGACUACAACAGCCUGCUUCAACCAACUCUUGGAAUUGAUCACUGUUAGUGACAGGGAAUAACAACAGAACUUGUCUCAGUUGGGUGGGAGGGUACCCACUGCACAUGCAGGCAUUGUAUAGACUUGAAUCUUGGCAAGGGGGAAAGAAUCUGUUUAACUGCAUCUAAAAUUAAGCAUGUUUUAGCACAAUAAAAUUUUUGAAAUAAAGAAUAUGUCUACUUCCUUCCCAAGCCAAGGCUAAAAGCCAAAGCAGUGUGACUCACCUACUGUUCUUUGUUCUAGUCUUGUCUUCAUAACACAGCCCAAUGUCAUUCUUGCCUCAAAAGCAACAUGUUCUCUGGUCUUAGGGAAAUUAUUUAGUUGAACUGUACAAUACCUACAACCUGCAGUUCUCUUAUCUUCUCAUUUCCUAUGAGUUUCUCUUAAUACAAAAGGAAAUACUGAACUUAACUGAAAGGUGGAACUCGGUGUUCUUGUUAUUGUAUCUGCUGAUACCCUGCACCAAGGAGCUGCAGAGAGGCCAUACCCAAAACUUAGCAUGUAGCAUAUGUUGCCAUUUAUUCUGACACUGUGAGUUUACAGUGCAUCAAGUUAGAAAGAGUUUGACAGAGGGUAUGAUAUUCUAAGUGAAGCCAAAUAGGGCAGGUGUCAUAGGACUGGGCUUUUAUGGUUGCUACAUCUAGAGCUGCCAGGAGCUGCUUAUAUUGGCAGAAGAACAAGGAAACUCCAGCAAAUAAUUCUGCCACCUUACAGCAGUGAUGAUCCUCGAGCUUUAAAAUACUGAUAAAUCAUGUAGAACAGACUGGGGAGAGAAGCAAAGGUGUGGAAAUAAAGGGGAAAUCAAGUGCUUUAUGUCAACUUCAAUGGAGGAGGUUUUGCCAGGUUUGUGCACAUAUCAAAUAAAGUCUUAAAUAAAAGUGGAACCUUGACACUGGUAGCUCAACUGACUUAAGUAUUCACUGCACGAAUCUCUUACUUUCAUGUUGGGAAACUUUUUGAUUUUAAUUGAAAAAUCUAUAAUUUAACAAGAAUUUAUUUCUCUGAUCAUUCAUCAUGCUGUAUUGGAGCAAGGGCUGGGCUGUGCUUGGUUGAAAUGUCAAAUGAAGAGCUGUUAGAAUCCUCAACCUGCCUGACCUAAUUAAAGCCCUCCUCCUGUUUCCUAUAAAAGAAAAACUGUGUAAGACUCAGUGCCAGUGCUUUGAAUGAAUUUUAUACACACAAUGGCUGUGCCUGCUCCUGCUGCCUCUUAUGAAGUAAAAGUUUAGGCUCCCACUGAGCUGCUUAAAUGGUACCACUGGGACCAGACCAAAAGCUUAACAGGAUUCUGAGCCACAUGUGAUGUAGGGCUUGGAGCAGUGUUUGGGUUCCAAAGGUCAGCAGAGCCAUUGCUGCUUGCAGGGCGUGUGCUCUGUGCAGGCACAGCUCACAAAGGGACAAAAGCACAGGUGAACUGCAAUAAUUCCCUAGGCUGGUGAUUCCCUCUGCAGUUUGAGGCGAUGCCUGAACUGCUGAUGGGAAUGGAGCAGGUAAGGCUCUGGAUAUUUGCAUUAAUAUGAUGCUGCCACACUUUUAUUACAGAAUCUAAGGGAGCAGAAACAGGAGGGGAGAAAGAGAGAUUUAAUUACUCUUUAGUCUCUAUGAAUUACAGUCUGAAAGGUUAAUUUAAGGAAUGGUCCAUUGGGUCGCCCAGGGGUGCAUUGUGCUUGAGUGACUGUGAUACAGACAACAAUAUAAUUUUUGUUUAGCUGUUCUAUGAAAUCAAGAGUGUUUCGUGAAGUGAAUGUAAUGACAAUAAAGAAAUUGGAAGUAUAGGUAAAACACUACUGAAUCCAGGUAAAUAUUUGAUGAAAAAAUAGAUUAUAUUAUACAAUGAAGAUAACAAAUUAUACAUAGUUUUUAUAAUUUAUACUGGCGAGAAAAAAGUGAAGAUAUUUUACAGGCUGACUUUUGGUUCUAGCUUGAGGCUUCAGUGUUCAUGCUUUCCCUAUUUUUCUCUUGCUCUAAGCCUGGAAGGCAAAAUUUUCAUUUCCAUGUCAUGGUUUUUGUUAAGAUGCACAGGAGGCUCUUCCAGUCCAUGUUGGGAGGAAGUGAUGUGGUAUUGAUGUGCUGGGAGUUGUUACCUCAGAGCUGCUGAGCAGUUUGGUAUUUCUUUGUAGAUUUUUCUUCUGGAUUUGAAGUUAUGGAUUACUGUUAUUUUGAAAUAGAAUUCUAAGUUGAAUGAAAGAUAAUUAAAUGUCAGUAGCUUGUUACAAGGAAAAAAAGGGCAUCUGCUUUAGAAGAAGGUAGAAACUCCCUAAAGUAGUUAUAUAUAUAUAUCACUUCUUUGUCCUGCGAAUA